ACUCUACCCGCGCUGAGAGAAAUGAGAGCCGGGUGUGCAGCUUCCCCAGGUUACUCUGCAACGCUGUAGGUACCGUCCACGUGUACGACGGUAGCAACUUUCACGCGUCUGGGCGGUGGCGGUGUGCGGGCCAACGUCGCCGAGACGUCAUACAACGUCAGGCCACGGGAUGUCAUAGCAGGAGGAGAAGGAAGCGAGAGAGGCGGCGUCGCGGGCAUGGGGUGCUGCCACGCGGCCGCGGACGCUCGCCAGCGCGUUUCGUCGGGGCGGCGGAAAUAGUUUUGAGUGCCGGAAAUACGAACGAUGCUCAGCCGUCACGGCUCAGGGGUCUGCCGGCCGAAGCAGAAAAAUGACGCCCAGCGUUGCUGUCCGCGCCCCCACGGCAAUGGACACAAACGAAACUUCUAUCCCCCCUCUUUCCCCUUUACUUAUUUUCUUCGUUUCUUCCCUCCGUAGUUGAAAAACAUUGCCAAAAAGGGGCAGCAGCUGGGCUUCGGCCACGCGUAAGCGUGUAUGUCUGUCCUGUGUGCAUAAGAUAUUAGAGACAGCACUGCGGAAUAGGGAAAAAAAAAAGCUGGCUGCAUGUAUUAAGUAAUUCUAGAAAGUACCCUUAGAAGCCGAGAAAAGAUAACGCAAGAAAAACGAAGAGAGUAAAGGAAAGAAGGGCCUCCGGCCGACAGUAGUGGCGCUCUUCUUUCGUGCUGCGUUCUUCAAACGUUCCACGUGUUUAAUGGUGUAUCGAGGGCAAAGAGAAUUACCCACAACAGUGCAUUCUCGACUCCUCGGCUCGCUGCCUGGGUGCUAAUCACACACUUGAGAAACCAAAUUGCAACCGUGUCUGGUACAUGCAGGAAACUGGCGUAUUCGGCUUGCCCGGCUAGCUGGCCACGUAUGUGCAAACGCUGCCACAUUUAUUGCCUUUUAAGAUGAGGGUCCUUAGCACAAUUUUAGGAGCUGAAGUGCAAAGGAAAAUAUAAUGCGACAGAAGAUGUAAAAAAAAAAAAAAAGAAUGCAGCUACGAUUGUGAUUAUGCACUUUGCAUUCUGACUUUUAAAUUUCUGCAUGACGCGUUUUUACCGCUUGUCAUUCUCCUUCUCCCAGAGAAGGCAAUGAGUUGUGUUUGUUCGAGUCAUGUUUCGAGGGCAGCGAGAUAUAAAGAAAAAAGGAACUGUAUGAACAACCAUAAUGGAUAGCUUAUAUCCUUAGAAGCGAAUACGCGGAUCUUAUUGUGAAUUGCCUGUCUUAAGGUGCUUGUUCGAGUAAAAGACAGGGUGAGACGCAGCUUUUUUAACCGAUUAGUUGCGACGAAGUUUGUAUAGAACUAAAUAUAUAUUUAACUUAUUGUGCAGUCUCUUCAAUGAGACAUUACAGCAAAAUAUUAAGUGAUGUUGUUUGAGUUAAGCACGCUUCUGGCAGUAGCAAAACGAUCACUUAUGCACUAAGAGCUGGCUAUUUGUAAUCCAGAAAAGAAAAAAAAAAGUGUGGGUGGAGCCACCACCCUGAGGUUCUUGCAUCAGCUCGCCUCGACGUAAUAAAUUUUCACAAAGUCUGUGCGGUCGGGCCUAGUUAAUUGAUUAACGGCAAAGAAUGACUGUAUUACAUUCUUAAGGAACCAAGUAUUUAACCUCGCACGUUUCAAUAACCUUUCCUGAACAAAAACGGUCUAAAUGCAAAAAAAAAAAAGAAAAUUGAAAUCCGUGAUUUCACGAUCAGGUACCCGCGCCAAGGUCGUGGUGUCGAAUUGAGAAAAGGAAGGACAUCUGCUCCUCAUUUUCUCUGGUAAUUGCAAACUUCUUUUUUCUGUUAAAUGAAUAAAAAUGUUAUUCGGUAAAAAUACAUUGGCAGCCUGAACUGAUUAAAGUGUUGCUCUUUAGCGUCCGUUUAAACCUGCUUAUCUUUCUGGCUGUCCUCCCAGCCUUUAUAGGCCUACUUCUUUUUAUACAGUGUCUCACAUUUCGAAAUCUCGCUGCUAGAGUGAAGGUCUUGAGAAAGCGCCGUAGCCCUCUAAAUGAAAAACGUAUACAUAACUACGAUUUCUUGCGGCACCCUAUGGCAAAAGUGAAGUAAUAAAAACAAAUAACAAGCAAAUGAAUAUGUUCUUGGAGGAACCAGCUACAGACGGAAACGUUGCGGCUCACAAAAAGAAAGAAAGGAAAAACUGUACGAACGUAGCUUUCCGAACAGCUAAACUUGCAACAAAAGUAUUCGCAAGGACAUUUCACGUUGUCACAAGAAACCGUGUACUUGUUGACGUACUUGCAAAGUAAACAGUGUUUCUGAAACCUCCGUAUUACUCCGGCUCAUCCACGGGCAUUACUACGUUCUGCAGGAACGCUUCUGUAAGAAGUUGAACAACGAGCACGUAAGGUUGCUUGAAGCCCUGUUCGGCGAAGCUUUGUGCGUCGUAGUAAAUAAAGCGCACGCACAAAAAAAGAAAGAAAGAAAUAUAGAGAGGACGAAAAAAAAAAAAUAACAUAACCUUGCGGAGGCAGCCCAUUUGAGAGCGUCCGCGAAGCGAGUGUGCUUUUUCGCGGCCGCUUCCGGCUGUGCCGGUCAGCAAGCAUGCAGCCCGUAGACGUGCGCGCGCGAGCGAGAGAGACACAGAGAGAGAGAGAGAGAGAAAAAAAAAAGGAGAGAAAAAAAAAAAAAAAAAGAAAAGUGUGUAGUACAAAUGUGAGCGUGUGUUAAGACGAAGUACGACUCCUCUCACGCAGGAAUUCCGCACUCCCGGAGGAAGGGACGCAGAUCGCCAUCAGCAUGAGGAGGCGGCACUGUGUCACGUUACUGGUACUGGCCCACGUCACGACGCUCGUAUCGGCCAAGGUGAGCUUCGAGAAGCUGACCAAUCUAGACUUCGCGGGCAGCGCGUACUACACGAUCCGCAACCUGUCGCUCUACGAGUGCCAAGGCUGGUGCCGCGACGAGAAGGAGUGCGUCGCGGCCGCCUUCAGUUUCGUGCUCAACCCGCUGGCGCCUCAACAGGAGACCACCUGCCUGCUGCAGAACAGCACGCAGGCGCGCAAGCCCACCGCCAGGCCACAGCGGGCCGUCAACCUCUACUACCUCGUCAAGAACCACAUACGCUCCGAGAAAAUCUGCGACCGGCUAUGGUCGUUCGAGCGGUUCCCGAACAAGAUGGUGCGCGGCCACGACACGGCGGUGCUCUUCACGGCAAGCAAGGACUCGUGCCUGGCGGCCUGCCUCAACGAGGACCGCUUCGUGUGCCGCUCGGCCGAGUUCAACUAUGUAACCCUGCAGUGCCACCUGAGCGACGUGGACCGGCGGUACGCGGGCGUCCAGGAGAAGUACGGGGACGCCAUCGGCGUCGACUACUUCGAGAACGCCUGCCUCGAAGCGAGUGCCGUCUGUUCGGGGAUGAGGACGUACGACUUCGCUCAAGUAGGAGUGUCGCAAGACGUGGUGACGCACUAUGUGGAUCUCAACUUCUAUCCGGAUAAAGAACUACUGGUGAACAGCAAGUCGGAGUGCCUGCGCGCCUGCACGGUGGACAACGACUUCGUGUGCCGCUCGGUGCUGUACAAGCCGAGCCAGGACGGCGCCAUGCAGGGCUCGUGCUCCGUUUUCCACGUCGACCAUCUCAUGCUGCCCGACGGGUCGGCCACGUUCGCGGGCUCCAGCCCACCGUUGCCGCUGCUGGACACUGGCGAGACCAAGGGCAUCUACUUGGAGUCACGCUGCACCAACAGCACGAGGCAGUACACGGCCAAGCCGGGCACGCUCAAGAGUCCGCCAAGCGAAACGAGGACGUCCACCAAGUCGCCCGUCUUCGCCGACUCGCCUGACCCUUCGUGCGACGCGUACGGGGUGUGCUACGACGUGUCCAUUCAGUGCACGGACGCGAAGAUAGUGGUGUACGUGAAGACGAGCCGGCCCUUCCACGGUCGCAUCUACGCCAUGGGACGCAGCGAGACGUGCAACACGAGCGUCCGGAACAGCCAAGCUUUUCGGCUCGACCUCUCGCUCACGGGGCAAGACUGCAACACACAGUCAAUGGGUGGCGUAUACACGAACACGGUCGUACUGCAGCACCACAACGUGGUCCUCACCAAAGCAGACAAAGUGUACAACGUGCGUUGCACCUACGAGACCUCGUCCAAGAACAUCUCGUUCGGCAUGAUGCCCGUGAGAGACCCCGACACCACCCAGAUAACGGCCUCGCCGGAGGCGCCGCUCCCCAAGAUCGUCAUCUUCGGCGUCGACGGAAGGGAGGCGUCCACGGUCAGGAUCGGUGAUCGGCUCACCUUCAGGAUCGAAAUACCUGAGAGCACUCCCUAUGGCAUCUUCGCACGGAGUUGCAUUGCCAUGGCUAAGGAUGCUAGGAGCACGUUUGAAAUCAUUGACGAAAGAGGCUGUCCUGUGGAUCCUACCAUAUUCCCCGGCUUCAUGCAAAUUGACAGUAGCCUUCAGAGUUCCUACGAGGCAUUUAGGUUCACAGAAUCCUACGGUGUCAUCUUCCAGUGCAACGUGAAAUACUGCGUCGGCAGGUGUGAACCGGUUGUCUGCACGCACGGCCGGGAGAACAUUGAGUCGUGGGGACGUCGCAAGCGGUCUGCCCGUAUUUCCAAGAGGACCACGGAGGAAAUGACGCUCAGCCAAGAGAUCCUGGUGCUGGACAUCGGGGAUGAACCAGCCGCCAGGUCCAUGACAGAGAGGCCGCCCACAAUCAACGAGUCGCUCAGCUACCAGGAGACAGUGGCGCUGAUGGACAAGUGCGCCUCCAAGAAUUCCGUGAUGGCCCUCAGCAUAACUGCGUCGACGCUGCUGGUGAUUUACAUCUGCACCGUUGCGUACUUUGUUGCACAGAGAAAAGUGAAGUCCAUAACAUGAACAUGAUAACUGUGGACUUAGGAGGAUCACAUUCGUUCGACACAAUGGCGCGGACUUGUAACUCUUUCAUUCUGCCCAUUUUUAUUCCCACCGAGCGCUCUGAUACACAUUUCGGUGCAUUUUCAACUGCUGAGCAUUACGUUUCAGAUGAAAAAUACCGAAGCGGUUUAUAGGUCGCAGUUAGUGUUUCUGCAUAUACGCUCAUAUACAGGAACACUGCUCGCAAAACGCAGAGAAGUUAGUGAAGCCUCGGAACCAGGCUGGAAGAGUCCGUUCCCGCGAAAAAUUCUCGCUUGCUGACAUGCAGUCACUUGAAGAAAACACAAAUGUGGAGCGCACGGGGUGAUUAUGAACUUUAUCUUAAUCUGUGCCCGUGUCGAACGUAAACGUGGCAACUCAUAGCCAUGUACGGGUAUAACUGAACUUGUCCAUUUACUUUCGCGAAAUUCGACGCCACGGCCUAAUCAAGGAGCGGCGAUGCUGUUUUUCGAUAGGAUCAUAACUAUUAUCUGCAGCGAUUACAUUGGGUUAAGAAUAGACGAACACACCUGGUGCGUAUGCUGCCGUGGUGGUAUACGAACCGCCAUCGCAUCGACAAGCUUCGCCAAAGUCUCCACCGACACAUUUUAAACAUGUUGUGCAUGUUGCCAGUGGGAAAACUAACUUUCGGAAA